AAAAAUGAAACUCCGUCUUCUUUCAGAUUUGAAAUUUAAUAUUUUAAAUAGAAUAUCAUAACAAUUUACUUAAUUAAUAAAAGCAUUCUUGCUUUCAAAUGGUGUUUGUGAAGAAACAAUUCUAGCUUUAGUGAUGCUAUAUUGAUAUUACCUAAUAUAAUUGGUGCUUACAUUUUUUAAAUUGUUUUUAAUUUACUAAUUAGUUACUUAGUAGUAACUUUAAACAAAUUUUAAAAAACUUAUUAUGUGUUUUGAAUAAUUUGUAGAUUAAUUGCAUAAAAAUAUGAAUGACUCACCAGAUACUUUGCAGAACAUCUGUGUAGAUUUUAUAUCUCAAAAUUUAAAUUCUGUCUUUGCUACAAUCGAGGAUGUGAAUGGUAACACUUUGAAGCAUGUUUUCCGGGACACUUCAAUUUACAUGCCAGCUAGUGUAUCCGAAUUGCUGUUUAGUGCUCUUAAUGAAAUUACUUUGACAGAUCAGUUACUGACUUUAUUUGAUUCUUCAGUCACACGAUUAAGAGAUGUUUAUAUAAAAGAUGCUUCGCAAUUAUCAACCAAAGGGCUGAGGAUUUUACGGUCUCACAAAAUUAGUGAACUUGUAGUUAUAAAAUUGAGUAAUGUUACUGUGAAUGAUCUUAUUGGAUGUCUUGGAGAAUGGACUCUACAAAAUUUACGUGUUCUAAAUGUAUCUCGAAGUACAUUUGGUAACAGUGAAAAAGUUCGUGUUGUUAUAGCAUUAUCAAAGCUAAAAAAUCUUAAAUGUUUGGAUGUGAGUUUUACAGAAUUUAAUAGCCAAGGUUUAAAGAUUAUUGCUGCAGAUCUUCCUUGUUUAGAAAGUCUGAAUAUUUCAGGUACUGUAGUUUCAGAUAUAUCUCCUUUAAAGCUCUGUAAAGAUCGACUCAAAUCAUUGUCUAUGUAUAAUAUUAAAGUGUCAAGCCUGAGGGAUUCUUUACAUGUUGUAUCAGAACUUCGCAAUUUGCAACAUCUUGAUGUAUCGGAAAAUAAUGAUGAGCCACAUUUUACUACUGAAACAAAUGGUGAUAUAAAAUUUAGUGAUUUGAUAGAAGCUUUAGACUGCUUACCAUUCUUAGUGUCUCUUGAUUUAUCUGGAAGACAGCAUGUAGAUGUCAAGCUACUAAAGAAGUUUAUGAGCAGUCAUAAGCAGCUGCAAUUCCUUGGUUUAAUGGAAAAUCCAGCUUGUCAAGACGAUGCCUUUUGUCGGCCAACUGAUCCUAUGUUUAAUCCAAAGCUAGUGGUGACAGGUUUUGCAACAGAAAGCCAAGUAUUAGAAUCUCUUCGUAGAUAUACUCAGAGAAGGCUGUAUGUGGUAAAAUCCCUUUGUUAUUUGUAUGCUGAUAUACAGAAUUUGUCUGAUGUUCGUGUUGAUAUAAUAGAGCUAGUAUUAGAAGGAAUGAAGACAUUUCCAACUGCAUUGGGAAUUCAGAUGGCAGCUACUGCAUGUUUAUAUAAUUUAACUAAAGGCUCUUUAAGUAACAAAAUUCAUCCAAAUUGGUUAAGAAAAGUUGUGGAGUGCACUCUUGUAUCAAUGGAAAAUUUUCCUAAUCAGUUACAGCUGCAGAAAAAUGCAUUACUUACCUUGUGCAGCGAUAGAAUGUUGCAAGAUGUUUCUUUUAACAGAUACCAUUGUGCUGAGUUAGUUAUGAAUUCCUUGAUGAUCUUUGAUGAUCCUGCCAUGAACAGAAUGUCUGUUGCUAUUUGUUCUAUUCUGGCUGCAAGGAUUUCUACUGUUGAGACUUCCAAUUUGGGUGCAAAAACUGAUUAUAUGAAUCGACUACUGGAUAUUGUUAAAACAAAGAAAGAGCAAGGAGAUGUUGACAUUAUGAUGAAAUUUACACUUAGUGCUUUAUGGAAUUUGACUGAUGAAUCACCCAAAACUUGUGGAGUGUUUUUACAGUUGGGAGGACUGCAACUUUUUCUUAGUGUUCUCAAUAAAUUUGCUGGCGAGAGUGCUGUUGAAACCAAAGUCUUGGGCUUGAUGAAUAACAUAGCCGAAGUUAGUCAUUUAAGAGAGCAUCUGAUGAAAGAUAAUUUCAUUAGUGCUUUAAGAUCACUACUACGUUCCCGGCAUAUUGAUGUCAGCUAUUUUGCUGCUGGUAUUGUUGCUCAUUUAACUAGUGAAGGAGAAUCAUUUUGGUAUUUUAAAAAUCAGAAUAAUUGGAAUGAAAUGGUUACAGAAUUAGGAGCAGCUGUCAUGAGUUGGGAUGUUCCUGCUUCAGAAAUGGUUGCUUACAGGUCUUUCAAUCCUUUUUAUCCCCUUUUUCGAUGUUUCAAAGCCUAUCAAGUUCAGUUAUGGGCUGCUUGGGCAGUACAUCAUGUUUGCCUGAAGAAUCCUAAAAGAUAUUGCAAAAUGAUUGUAGAAGAAGGUGGUGUGGAGAUACUCAGAUCAUUAUUAAAAACUUCUGAACUACAUCCAUCAGUCGUUCGCUUGUGUAAUGAAAUACUGCAGUUUGUAAAGGAAGAGUUUCCAAAUGUGUGACUUUAAAGAUGUUCUGCUUUUAUCAAAGCGAGAUGCUUAUAGGUUUUAAAUACUGAAAGUUGUAUAUCUACACAAACAUGAAUAUGAUCCUGGGUGGUAUCAAACUUGUUUUGUGUUAUUAAUUUUAAAGAUGUUUUCUUCAGAAUUUUGCAUGAUAUUGAUCCAUCCAUGUUUACAUGUGACUGUUAAGGUUAUGUAAUUGAGAUUUUAGUCUUUUAUAUAAUCUUUCCAUUUAAAUGUUAAUUUAUGCCUUUUUUGAGUUUUGAUAAUUAACAAUUAAAAUAAUAGAUGUUUCUCUAUUAUGCUAGUCUAACUGGAGAAAAACAGAUGUGUGUUUAAAGAACAGAAAUUGUUUCAAUAAAUAGAAAUUUUAUGGUC